AGCUGUCGGUUAGCCUUCCCCAAAAAUUGUGGAGCGGUUUCGAAUCCGAAAUAAAACAGACAGUUACAGUUAUCCGCCGAAACAGUUGGAUUUUGAAUAAUAUCGAACGAGGAUUUCGAAUUCCUCGAGUCUCGCGUCGCGUCUAUUUAUUUGCUUACUUUUAUUUUGGUAUUUUUUUCGAGUGUACGUGCCCCCAAUGUUUUCGGCGGCCUGACCCACAAGGCCCACAUCCACCGACAGUUGCAACCGUGAAUGUGGUGAGGAUGUCGCCUGCUGAGCAGCUUCGCCUGGUCGGAGGAUCGGAUGGCUACCAACUGGCGGCGAGCACUGGAGGAGGAGGAGGCGGUGGUGGUGGCGCAGGCGGAGGAGGGGGCGUGGCAGGUGGGAGGACCGGAGGAGAGGGCGGCGCGGAUGGCGAGAAGCUGAAGGACAUGAACGACAAGUAUGUGAUAGCGAUCGCCCACUUCUUGGACUGGCACGUCAACGAAACGGUGGAUCUGGAGUGGCUGAGUGGACCGACCCUCAAGUCGAGCAUCAAGUCGGUCUACUGGCUGUUCCUCAUCCAGUAUGCCACACUCGCUCUGCUCGGCGUGGUGCUGAAUGUGGUAAUUGCGGUGUACAUCAUGUACCACCGACUCUACAAGGACGUCACUCACGCCUUCAUCAUCAACCUGGCACUCUGCCACUUUGUCCAGUGCGCCCUCGUCCUGCCCGUUUCCCUCAUGGUCAUGCUCAUCCAGAACUGGAUCUUCGGCCAGUUCCUGUGCUUUUUCCUUCCCAUGUUGCAGGACAUUCCACUGCACGUGGCGAUGAUCUCGCACAUCCUGAUCGCCUGGGACAGGAUGCGCUGGCUAAACGAUCCGCUGAAGGGCCGCCUGCCGGGAUUCGUGUGCUGCUGCGCCACUUGGCUGACCGGAAUGGUGAUUGCCCUCCCAUAUCCCAUCUACACCAUCUACGUGGACAUGGGGGACUAUAUGCCGCAGCUCUCGGGAAUCGGAUUGUGCGUGGUGAACCUGAUGGACGACAUGCAGGAGUACACUCGCGGUCUCUUCCUGCUAAUGUACUGCGGUCCGGCCAUCCUGCUGUCCUACCUGUACAUCCGCACCUCCCAGGAGCUCCGUCCGCCCGACGGACCAUUCGCCGUCAUGAUGUACGAGCAUCGCGCGGAUGUUCGAAUGCGGCAGAGGAACUCAUCCACUUCAUCGGUGGAGCCGCGAACGCUGAGCGGCGGGGGCGUGGCAGGACUGAGCAAUGGGGGCGGUAAUUCGGCCCGCUCCUACGACUUGUACAGCGCCGAGCUGGACGUCCAUCGGGAGAAGCGGAAGCAACGGAACUUUGGGAGCAUGGCCGCCACCCAGGUGGUCUGCAUGUGCCCCCUGAUGAUCCUCCGGUUCGCCAGGCUCUCCCUGGAGGAGACCUACGAGAACACCAAGCACUUCGACUUCACCUACUUAAUGUUCGUGUGGAUGGCAUUUUUGCCCACUGUCAUCUUUCCCUGCAUCUACGCAUCGCAGAUUUUACCAAGAGAGGAACGCGAGCGACUGAGGGGCUACUUCCGGCUCUCCUCGAAGCGCAAAUCCAAGUCGCAGCGGCGCAGCGAUGCCGGCGGAGGAUCCGGAGGAGGUGGCAGUUCCCGGGAGGAUUCCAUCGAGAAGGACGAGGCCUCGAAUGCCACGAGUGGCCACCAACCCGCCGAUUCGCACAAGCAGGCCUCCAAGUUGCGAGGUCACGAGCGAGAGGUGCGCUUGCCGUCCCACGGAUCCUCAUCGGGCGGAGAUCGCUACACGGGAGCACCCUAUCGCCAGGGAAAGGACAGAUCGGGCGAGAGGGAAAGGGACAGGGAGAGGGAGCGGCAAAGAGCAGGCGGUCGGGGAGCAGGAGAUGCUGGAGUGGUCAACAAUCUGGGCAAAGAUGUGCGCGGCAAGAAGCACGACGUGAAGAUCAACAUCAUUUCCGAUGGUGUGGGUCAUGCGGCCACUGGCCAUGCCCACCGAAAGCAACCAGGAGGAGGAGGAGGAGGCGGAGGCAGCAGCAGUAACAACAGCAAUCGCAGCAGGACGAAUCCCAGCCAGCGGCAGGGCAAACUCUCCGCUGCCGAUUGCCUGUCCAAUGUGACUGCCUCGACUUUUUGCAAUGGAAGCGGCAGCUUGAAUGCCACGGGAUUGGGAAACGGAAGCGGAAAUGGAAACGGAGUACUCAUCCCGGAUGAUAGUGGCACUAGUAACUAUGGCGACGGCGAGGAGAGCUCCGUGGUGAGCAGCAUGAUGGUGCCGGCGGCGCAACGCUGGCCAGGAUCGGGUAGCGUUAGCAUCCGCCACAAGGACGUCUCCUUCAGCGAGUGCAGCAGCAGCACCUUCUCGUCGAGCACCUUGGACCGGGAUCUGGAGAUCAUGGACCAGCUGGAGCGGGAGCGCAGCAUGGACAUCCAGGAGAUGCUCCAGCGGGAGAGGGAAAGGGAGAGGGAGCGGGACAAGGGACGUCGCCAAUUGCCGGACAUCGAGAAGCUCUACGCCCAGCGUUCGCCGAAGGGCAAGCGGGGCGGAGAUGGAGGCACCUUGGCACUUGUCCUUCCCGGCAGCGAUCCACUGAGCAGCCUCUCGCAAUCGCAAUCCCUCUCCACGGAGUACAGCCUGUGCUCCUCGACUUUGGAGAGCGUUGGCGAGCGGAUUCCGCCGCAGGAUGAAACGUUGCCGCCCCAGCAUUUGGACGAGGUGCGCGAGGAGGAGGAGGUGGUGCCGCCGGACUUCUACGAUAGCUAUACACCCGGUGGCUCCCAGAAUCUGCCACCUGGUUCGAUGCCACCGAAUGGUGCCACCGCAGCCGCCGCCGCCGCCUCCGUCGUUCCCGCCUAUCAGUAUCAAUACAGUCGCAAUCGGUUGAGCCGCAAGAGUUCCGGUUCCGGUUCGGGUCACCACCACCACCAGCACCACCAUCAGCACCACCAUGCCGGUGGUCAUCAUGGUGGUCAGCAUGGCGGCGGGGGCGUGGCCGGGGGACGGAACUCAAAGCGGGACAGCUUCAAUUCGCUGAACGGCACCGAUCUAAUUGCCGGCGCCUUCUGCGAACUGGAUCCCACGCAGCCGCUGAACAAGAUGGCCGUAAUCGAGGGACGGAUGCGGCGGAGUAGUCCGCGGAAUGCGAGCUUCAGCUCCGGUUCCGGCGUCUCCGGCCGGAGUUCAAUGAAGUCCUCGUCGCGGGACUACGAUUACGGGCAUGGCUCCUCCUCGCAUUCGGCGCAUCCGGAAUUGGAUUUCAGGGAGAACAUUUUCGCCGAACUGUAAGGAUGUUUGGCUUUUUUUUUGUAUUUUUUUUUAAAAUAGGUAGGAAAAAAAAAAGAACAAGAGAAACCCCAUGGAGGAAAAAACAAAAAAGAAAAACUGCAGUAAUGGCGAACAAAACGAAACGAAAAGCUUUACGGUUACGGUUACGAUUACGGAAUUUUCCGAUGAGUUGUGCAGCUGAGGAGCUAAGUGUUUAAGUAGGACAAUUUGCAAAAGGGAGCUGUAUUUUUUACGUAGGGUCACGCGGGUUGGGGUUAUAUCCUUUUUUUUUUUUAUUGGUGUCUAAACAAAAAGGCAGUUGCUCAUCGAAAAGAGAAACUAAAUAAUUGUGUAAGCAACUCUGCAAAUGCAGAGAUACAGAUACAUUUACAACUAAUUGCUUAAGAUUUACUGAAUACAAAUACAUAUAUAUAUAUAUAGAUAUAUAUAGAAUGAGUUAUUGGAAUACUUCGCCCAACUGGUUGUUGACUAAUGAUUGUUGAUUACCGAUCGCUGAUCGCAGAUCACAGAGUUUAGGGAUCACAGAUCGCAGUUUAGAGAUCGAAGAAUUGAAAAUGAAAACUGUGCCAACAAAAUGGAAAUGAUAAACACAAACACACACACACACACACACAAACACUCUUAGAUAUAUAAUAUAUAUAUAUAUGUCUUUUAAAUGUUUGCUAACUUUGAUGGGCGGCAAAAAAAGAAAAAGGUUGCCAGUGUUUUUAAACUUUCCCAAGCUACAUACAUACAUAUAUGGUUAUAUACAGUACGAUAUAUACACUAGACAUAUGCUAAGACAUAUUGAAUAUUACCAAAUCAAAUGCAAAGUUUAUUGAAUGUUGAACCAAACUCAAAAUACCAAUUACAAAAUCGGAAUAAACCAUUAAAGUUAUAGCUGUAAGUCAGGGCAAUUCUUCUGAGCCCCAAAGAAUUGCGCCGAAGAAUUUAAGAAAAAAAAACACAAACUUUGCGGAAUCAUCAGGAUUCCAAAAAUACAGAUUCAACUUGUUGGGCAUCCGAUCCCGAUUCAGAUCCCGAUUGAGAUCCCGAUCCCGAUCCUGAUCCCGACUAGAUAUAUAAAGUUAUAUAUAACCAAUCCCUAUUUGUGCAACUGUCCGUGCGUGUGUCUAGAUAUAAGUUCAUUUUUUCUCUGCCGCUCCGCUGGCUGUUUGUUGUGGUGGUUCGGUGGUGCGGUGGUUCGGUGGUGCAGUGGUGUGAGCAAAAACUAAUAAAA